AUGGCCAAGCCUUCGAAGCAGGUCCGAUGCACGUUGUUGAUCCCCGAUCCUUCGAAGGAAGGUGGUUGGGGGUGCAUUCCCUCGCCUUCUAUCACUGAAGAAUCCAUUUUUGUCAAUCUUACCCUUGAGGGCAUUCGCCUAUCGUUUCCACGAGAUGCUGACUGCAGUGUAUGGGCUUGGUACAGUCGAGACCUCGGAAUGAAACCUUCUACCCUUCAUCAUGUUUCGAUCGAUCUUCGUGGCUCCAGCGCUGACGUCCGCCAACUGAACGACGAUGAGACAAACGCCUUUAAGGUUUUGGUGGAUAGUGACGAGGCGGAAGAUUUUCGCAUAGUUACAUUCACUUCCACGCCCGAUGAGCCUUGCAGAUCUCGAAUUACCGGCUUCGGGACUCCUUUCCACGGCUUGGACGCGACGGUCGAUGGAUAUGUCAACCAAGAUACCCAGAUUUGUGGAGUUGCAAGUCUCUCCGAAGUCCUCCAGCGGAGUGAAUUCACCAUUCUCAUCAACGAGACACAAAUCGGUCACAUUAUCUCAGGCCUGGAAGCCCCCCGAAAGCCAGAGAAGUUUGGCUACGGAGAAGUGCACACCUGGGAUAUGGCCCGGUAUGGAGAGCAAGUUCCCGAACUCAUAGGUCAUGCGUUCUACCCUCGAGUUCGCUUUGAGAACGCAAACGAGAGGGAUACAGCGUUAACCCAAAUGCAUGUUCAGGACGUUUGGCACUUCAACGCUGCUCUAGAAGAGAGAAUCGGCGAAGAAUCCGUGGACAGGACAACCGAAUUCGUUUGCUUGCUUGAACCCGACAACCUAUUUGAGCCUAAGCAUUGGCGCGCAGCCCGUCGCGCGGUUUGGGGAGACGCCUGCAAGCUGGAGGUAACCUUCAAGCCAUCAGCGACCUGGAGUGUAACUUGGGAAGCUUUCCAUCUGACAAUUGCUACAUCGGACCAUCUUCGCGGAGUGGAUCUCAACCGUCGAAUUGCGCUACUCCUGACGCGCCCAGAGGAGAACUCGCGCGGCCACAAGUUUUGUCCUUCUAGCUAUCCGAAGUACCCACGCACGGGCAAGGACUUGAAAAAGAGCACCGUGACAUUUCGCUGCCAUUUGAAUCUCCGUCACGAAGAACUACGAGUGUCCGCAAUCAACAGACUGAGCAGCCAGGCGAUCUCGCCCUCAGUGAUGGAGGCAGAUACCCGCAACCCCCGCAGACAGGCAAUAUUCAAAGAGUUGGUCACCGGCAAUGGUUUCUGGUCGUUACAGAAGCAGGGCACCGAUGUUCGACUUCCUUCGUUUGACAUUUUCGGAGGCAUCCCAACCGAUGUCCGAGAUGCCUGUCUGAAUCAUGUUUUCGAGGAUGACAGGGAAAGGGUACAGCAAUAUUUUGGUAAGCUAUAUCUUGGUCUUGGGCUAGUAUCUGGCCCCCCUGGGACUGGGAAAUCCCAUCUUGCCUCGAUUGUUGUUAUACUCAUGUGUUUCAACAAAUUCAUCAAUCAUGUGUACGUUGCUGCAGCCUCCAAUGGUGCCACGGACAACAUCAUCGAACGUAUCGAUAGCAUGACUGAGGCGAUCACCAGAACGCUGCCCAAAAACCAUGUCAAGCGCCUCAUUCACUCCUUGUGCUGGUGGACAAUGCGCGUAUUGGGAUCAGAAAGAGUACCACAAUUAGAUGCGGACAACAACAUCGAGCUUCGGGAUCUUCACCAGAGAUUGAGUGCACUUGUUGCGCCGUCUUCAAAUGACUCUGAACUUUUACCUUUCCAACAACUGUUAAUGAAACUCGUCGUUGGGUGUGCGAAUGUUGUCGCAACCACCCCCGCAACUUCUGCUUCCUCGAUCUAUCGGUGCUUCAACGACACAAAAGCUCGAGCGGUUGUUUUUGACGAGGCGGCGACGAUGUUUUGUUCUGAUGGAUUAUUAGUAUAUGGCAACACACCUCGACCCAUGAUUGCCAUCGGGGAUCCGAAACAGCUUGCCCCAAACCUAACAACUGCCUUUGAGUUGCUUCAAGGAAACCAGAGCAAACACGACAGACGCCAAGACAGAACUUUGUUUCUUUCAGACCGUGUUCCUACCAAUCGAUUUGCCAAAUUUGCAAUAGUUUCUUGGCUGUCGUGGUUUAUCCAUCUCGGAUGGCCAGUGUUCCAUUUGUAUACGCAGCAUCGGAUGGCGGAGGGAUUGUUUGAUCUCUCAUUGCACGCAGUUUACGAGAGUCUGAUGUCCCAUUUCACCUACAGUCCCUCAUGCCACCCGACCAACUUUAGUCUUGGACUUAAAGUUGAGGAGUAUCUCAAAGCUGAGCAUCGCAUCCCGUCCUCCCCCGAAAAUACACUACAGCCAGUUUUCUUCCACUGUGUCAAUUGUCCAUGCAGGGAAUACGAAGACAGCCUUUCCCGACUCAACCCACGACAAGCUGACGUUAUUGCGGAGUUUCUCGUCAAGAUGAUCUGUGAGCUAGAGCUGCCUCCUGAAGACAUCGUCGUUCUGACUCCGUACCGAGCAAGCCGUGGGGCAAUUGCUAAAAGGUUUAGAGAGGAACCAGUGCUUGAGGGUGUGGAGUUGACUACGUUUAACAAGUUCCAGGGCCGCGAAGCCCAAAUCGUUGUGCUAGCUCUGUGUGUUGACGCAAAAACAGGUCCGCUGUUUGUCGCAGAAGAGCGUAGCCUUAACGUCGCAUUGACGCGCCAACGAUCAAGCCUUUUGAUCUUUGGGGACAUCAACACGAGGCCCAACCCGCCCCCUGAUGAGGAGGAGGCGCAGGAGAAAGAGGCACGAAUAAACCCAGCAGUGUUCGAGCAUGUAUUCCGCAUGAUUCGAGCCAGUGGACGGAUUGUACAAAUGAGAGGCGAUGAGAAUUACGGCCCCGACAGUCGUUGGAAGCCUCGGGAUCAAAACCGCUCUCGUCAUCAAAACCGUUCUGGUCGAGGUCGACGCGGGAGAAAGGUCUGA